AUGCCGAGAGGACCUUAUAAACGCUACGAAUAUGAUGCUUCUGUUCCUGUUCCAAAGACAACUUCAUAUAACAGGAGAAAACGUAAUUACGACGAGGUAGGCGAGGCUGAAAAUGGUUCAACACUUGGUGAUGAUAGUUCCCGCACGGUAGGCAACAUUUUAUUAGCUUGGUAAAUGUGUUAAAAUUGUAUAUUAGGUAUUGAUUGUAUUUCUACCCUGUUAUUUUUGUCACUAUUUCUGCAGACAAUUCUUGACUUACAACUGAUCCCUUGAGAUCUAAAAGACAUGAGAAUGGCAUGCCAUGUUGGUGUCAAAUUCAAUGAAGGAUAAUGAGAUCCUUUUGUGACAAUAGCACCAACAUGGCCGAUUUCCAGUUUAUUGCAAGUCAAGAAUACAUGUGUGAACCUAAUCCUGCCUGUUACAGCCCCUCUCCCCCCACAUCAUUUAUAUUUCUUUUUAGCAGCAUCAAGCUGCUGUGUAAUAAAGUUUAUAUACAACCCUUGUAUGUUUUGUAAUUAGUUUGUCUGACCACUUUAUUGAAAAUCUAUUGUAUCUAGAGUGUUUGUGACACAAUAUGCCAUGAGAGCCAAAUUGAAGAUGAAGAGAACAUUCAAACUGCAGGUUUUCAGGUAAUAUAUACUGUGCAAUAUCUUCCUUUUCAUUUUAUUCACUGUAGUGGUCAUCCACAAUAAUAUGCUCUGUAUGGUUGAGGAACUGUUGAUAAUGAUGGUUAAUAACAAUUUGUUGUUUCCGUUUGGCAUCUAGGCUGAACAUAUGAAUGAAGAAUUGGAUGGAAGCGAUGAAAGAACAAAUGCAACUGGAGAUGACAUGAAUGGCAUAAUUGAGGAGAGGAAUACAAGCAAUGAACAGGUAUUCUGCAAUUGAAUCUGUGAUGUCACAGAAUGCUGCCAGUACAUUAAUGGGUUAACAAAACUAUCUGCAAGUGUCUCUUGUUAACCCCAUUACCUGGCAAUUAGUGUACUCACAUGCCUCACACUUAGGUUUUUACUCAGUCCUACGGCAGAAAAUUUUACCAUGUCUAUGCCAAAUAAUUUUACUUCCAAUUGGUAGACCACUAGUUAGUUCAUUAUGAUGUCAUUUAUUUUUACCCUUUGUUAACUAAUAUAAUGUCAUGUGAUACAUGUAUUUUCAAACAUGCAUGCCUGAUUUCAUGUGCAUGCAAGGCUUGGCUUGGCCUUCAAAACAUUUUUCACAAAGGGUGAUAUCAAAUAUUCACAGGUUCACUCUUGGUAUACUAAUUAGCCAUGUCAAGUGCCAUUGUAUAAUAAGUUAAAUUUCAACAUCUUCAAACACAUUAACACUUAUUUUAGGACUUAGAAGACAGCAACCAUCCAACAUAUCCUGCCUACAAUGUCACAAAGGCAAAGUCUUUCUCCCAAUGCUGUGUUUCAAUUUUUUGUUUUCUUUUGGUACCGUAUAGGCUGAGUAUACAAAUGAAGGAUUGGAUGAUAGCGAUGCUGGUGGAAGUGCAUAUGGAGAUGACAUUAAUACUGACACUAAUGGCAUAAGCGAAGACAGGAAUACAAGCAAUGAACAGGUAUUUUGCAAUUGAGUCUGUAAUGUCAUAGAAUACUGCCAGCAAAUGGGUUAACAAAACUAUCUGUCAGUGUCUUGUGUUAACCUCAUUACCUGGCAAUGCACUCACAUGCCCCACACCUAAGUUUUUACUAUGUCCUGUGUAUACCAGAAAAUCUUACCAUUUCUAAAGCACAACAAUUUUACUUGUAGACUACUAGCUAGUCAAUUAUAAUGUACUAAUUUAUUUUCACCCUUUGUUAACUAAUGUAAUGUCGUCUAAUACAUCUACAGUUAAGGUUGUAUGCAAGUUUUGCCAUUCUUAUACUGUUUAGCCUAGUAAAGUGCCACUGUAUAGUAUAUUUCAAAAUCAUUAACACUUAUUUCAGAACUCAGAAGACAGGAACGAUCCAAUAUAUCCUGGCUGCAAUGUCACAAAAGGCCAAAGUCUUCUUCUUAUUCUGUGCUUCGUGCUAAGGCACAAACUUACGGAUGUGGCCUUAGAUGACCUGCUGCUGCUCUUUAAUACACUUUUUCCUGACACCGUUCCAGCUACCAAAUAUAGAUUUUAUAAAGCAUUCCAGCUAGACCAAUCUGAGGUAUGUAUUUUGAGCAAGCAUGGUAUACUAAAUAGAUAUUCUUUUUCAUUGGUAUUUUACAUGCUAACAUAUUCUGUAAUGAAUUUCCCUGUUAUCAUCAUGAGUGCAAUCAGUGCAUGUGCUCUUGUGGAGUUUUGAAUAUAGAGCAAAAUUUUUAUGGAAAAAUUCAAAAAUCUAGAUCAAAGAACAGUUCCUAAUAGCUUGUUUUAGCAUUUUUCAAAACUGUUUAAUUUUAAAACUAUUCUACACCUCUCUGUGUUUUUUUGAAGAAAGUUCUAAAACAUUAAACACAAAAAAAUGUAAUUGAAUUCCUAGGGCAAUAUCAGGGAUUUAUCCAAGUCUUUCCAAGAACUUUUGCUGACCCCCGUUUUAGAAGGCGAACAUUCAGUUUUUGUGAUGCAUGAAUGUAGCUCUGGGGGCCAAGAGGGAAAGUCCCUGAAAGAUUUUGUUAUUUCAGCAUCUUAGAAGCCUUACAAAUGGCUAAUUGUGCGAGUGAUUUCGGCCAGAAUUUCAGUAUCCUAUCAUUCUAUACAACUUUUCGCAAUUUGACUGGAAAGUUAUUCUGAAACUCGGUGGGGAGGGGGUGGAUCUCACGGGGCGCCACCAUGGUUGGCGCUGAGUGAGAAAAUUUUUGAAAUUAAGAGCCUCUAUAGUACGUCGGAAACACUGUUUUGAUUUCAGAAUCUUAUCUACGGUACCUUUUUCGGUAGGGUCAUGAAUAAGAAUCCUUCAUCACAAAUGACAAUAUUGCUUUUAUACAAGACAUCGAAUGCUUCAGGUUUCAAAUCAAAUAUUGUUUUGUACGAGAAACAUUAUAAGGGUUUGUAAAAAUAAAAAUUUACAUCUCAAGUAACCCUGUUUCUCGGAAUUCGAAAAACUAAAGCGUGUGAAAAUGAUUUUUUGUUGUUUUUUCUUUUCUUUGGGGGAAAGAUUCAGUUUAAAAACUUAAUCCAAGAUUCAGUUUUAGGUCAGUUAGUGCUUGGAUAAAGCCCUGCAAUAUUUAAAAUGUUUCAGAUACUACCCAAGGUUUCGCUUGUGCAAUGUUUUAUAAACUGCUUUCUAUCAUUAAUUUAACGAUACUAUCACUUUAUAUUAUAGAAGCACUUCUACUGUUCAACAUGCACCACAUACUUGGGUCGGAACACAGGUAUGAAAACAUGCAAGGCGUGUGACAGUCUAUUCAGUGAAGAUCAAAGCAUAAAGAAUGGAUAUUAUUUUGUUUACAUUCCCCUGCUGAAGCAGAUUGAAACAAUGCUUGCAAAUGGUAAAUUGUAUUCUUAUUUAUCUAAUAGAAACAUAGAAGAAAGUCUUAACUCAGUAGUUGUAACAGAUGUAGUAACAUCAGAGUUGUACAAAGAACUUAUUACUGAGCAUGGUCUUGGUCCAAAUGACAUCUCAUUGAUGUGGAAUACAGAUGGUAUUCCGGUAUUUAAGUCCUCAAAUUUUUCUAUAUGGCCAUUACAAGCUUCUAUUAAUGAGCUCCCUCCUCAUCUUCGUCACAAAAACAUCUUGCUACUUGGUCUGUGGUUUGGUCAGAAACCGAAUAUGAAUGUCUUCCUGGUGCCUUUUGUUGAAGAGUGUUCAAGGUUAGAGACUGAUGGGUUUCUUUUUGGGAAUGAGAUUCAGCCUAGGAAGGUUUUUGCUUUUCUUUUGUCUGCUGAUUCACCUGCUCGAGCAAUUGUUCGAAAUGUAAAACAAUUUAAUGGUCAGUUUGGGUGUGAUUGGUGUGAAUUUGAAGGUGUGACUGUAGCUACUAAUAAUAAUGGGCCACCUGUCCGUUACUAUCCCCACAGAACACCAGUGGUGAUGCGGCCUUCCAAGAAACAAGCAGCUUAUGCAUUACAGGCUACUGCUGGUAAUUCCAUUAAGGGAGUGAAGGGUGUUACAGUGGCUGAUUUAUUGCCAUCCUUCGAUACUGUCAGGGGCACAGUUGCAGAUUACAUGCAUUCUGUUUGCCUUGGGGUCAUGAGGCAAAUGGUAGAGUUAUGGUUUGAGAGUAAACACCAUGGUGAAAGUUACUACAUUGGCCAAAAGGUCAAGUUAGUUGAUGAGCGACUGCAGCUAAUCAGCCCUCCCAGUGAAAUACACAGAAGUCCUCGCAGUAUUUCGCAGCGACACUUUUGGAAGGCAUCUGAAUGGAGAGCAUUCAUCUUUUACAGCCUUGUUGUUCUCCAUGGAAUUCUCCCUGCUAUAUUCUUGAGGCACUACUUUCUUUUUGUGUAUGGCAUUUACACACUAUUGGGUGACUCAAUCUCAAGUUCCUCAAUUUGUCUCGCUGAACUUUGUUUAACAAAGUUUGUGAUAAAGCUGGAGGAAUUGUAUGGUUUAUCAAGUUGUAAGUUUAACGCUCACUGUUUAACGCAUUUGGCACAUUGUGUUAAGGACUGUGGUCCCUUGUGGGCAACUUCUGCAUUUACCUUUGAGUCACAUAAUCAUGUGCUGAUGAAUAUGUUUAAUGGGACACAAUGUGUUCCACAGCAAAUAACCGAUACAUUUUUGCUGCAAAACAAGGUUUUAUCACUGACGACAUCCUGGGUUGAUGAUGAUUGUUCUGCUUCUGUGAAAGAACUGCUUGGUAAGCUGACUAAUCAUGCCAGGUUUGUGCACAAUAAUGCUUCAAAUGGAUUAGCUACCUUGGGUUGUGGAAAGCUGGCAACUUUGGAUGCACGUAUGUUGGUUGCUCUGGAAGAUCUUCUAAAUGAAACUGUAGACAAUCGAUGUGGAAAGAUGUAUGAUAGAUUUCUGUAUAACCAUAAGUUGUAUUCUUCUCUAAGCUACACUCGUUCCAAACGACACACAAACCACCACGUAUCAAUCCAACAUCCAUCUUCCAAAUAUGGCAGAAUUGUAGGUCUUCUCAAUAUUAAGCCAUUGUGUCGUUGUACGUUAGAAUUCUCACAAUACUGUCAGUGUAAACUAUAUAAUGUAGUUUUUAUAAAACCAAUGUAUGCUAGCAAUAGAAUGUUAUUUAGAGAUUUAGAUUUUAAUGUCAAUAGCAAUUUUAUUGUGGAAGUUGAAGAAAGUGAUGAUAUAAUUGCAAUGUAUCCAUCUCAAAUUGAACGAAAGUGUAUUUCUCUAAGCUUGAGUGACAAAACGUACUUUUGUCCAUUACCCUAUAGAAUUUAUGAUGAUUAG